GAAGUGCAAACGGUGCGCACAGAUGUGGGGACACGUGGUUUCUCCCUGCAGCCCCGCGGGCGCACCACUUCCUCUCACGUUCAGAUUCCUUCACUUUUGGAGUUUCUCUGGUUGCGGCUGCGGGUACCACCGGAGUGCUGAGCUGGUCUACGGUACACCCCCACCUCUGCAUCUUUUCCAAAUAAAUAAGAAAAAGAAGAAAGUUUUUUUUUUCCCUCCUGCUCUUUAAACCCCUACUUACUUUCUACUCAUGCAACAAACUUUAUUCCUGUUUCGCUGCAGCUGCUGAGGUGUUGCACUGAAGUUACCUGCGCUCUAGGAGAUCGUCCUCCGUGUCGAGAAUCACGGAUGGAGCUUUGAAUUUUGGACUCUGGGUCUCCAAAAAGAGUAAAAGAACAUUGUGAAACCUGCAAACCCAAGGUGCCGUGCGCUCAAAGGAGCUUUGGGGCAAAGCAAAUUGCGAUGCAGUGGAUGUGACUUCAAACGACCACGGUAGAGUCCCACACCACAAUGAAAGGUAAGAAAAAGUUCGUUUUUACGCACAAAUACGAGAGAAGUUAUCCGCGGACCACUUUGCAGAAACAGUGAUGAUUGUUUGACUUUAUUCCUGCUGCACUUUCUUUGUCACUUUUCUGCCUCUUUCUCUGUGUGAGACGUAAGGAAUGCGUGGGCUACAACUCACUACGUCUGACAUCUGGCUUCAAUUAAGGCUCUCUGUUUGGGAUUUUUUGCAUCUGGCCGCUGCAUCACAUCAAACAUAACCUAGACUAACACUCACAUCGGUGCCACAAAAAACACGAAAAUAACUCCACCAAGAGAGCAUGUUUUGAUGAAGUCUUAAUAAGACAUAAAGGAGUGAAUAAAAGAGUUUUGGUACAUUUUGAACCGCUUUAAUUUCACUUUUAUGUCCCUUAUGCAGGACUUGAAAGUGUGGGUUCAAAAGUUUUUCUUGGCUUUAAUGAAACAAAAUCACUUUAGGAAAUUCUGACUCAGACUAAACUCUAACAUGAACUGCUUUAUUGUGGUGGGACACUUUGCGCACGCACACGCGCGCGCUCACUCUUAUAAUCCACGCUUUUUUUUUUCAACACAUUAGAUGGACAAAAAUAGACCCCCAAAAAAGCAUGCGUCAUUGUGGUCAGAGGGUAACAAAAACAACCAACAACUCGUGAUUUCUAAAGCUUUAUCCACAGAUGUGUUUCGGAGGUAGUGCACGUCACCCUCACGCACACACACUGAAUGGAUCAGGACAGGAAGCUGGUCUCUCUUUAUAACAUUAUAUAAUCUCUACAAGUCUCCUGCCACCUUGUGGUUCACUGUAGCAUGAGAGCACAAAGCUCCUCAUUGUGGGCAUGAGUGUAAGCUGCUCACUGUAAGACAUGAGGCUGGGAUGGGACUGGCAAGUUGACCAAUUCUGGAUGCUGCUGCUGUAACUCAAGUGAAAAGGGAAGGAGACUUUACUCAAACACCAAUAAAAUCUUUGUUUUUAGCACUUUCUUGGUCUUAUUGUACCCGAAUCAUAGAGAAAGAGAGAGAGUCAGUCUUUUGAUUCCAUUGCAGACUGCAGCAUAGCGUUUUGUUUUCCUUAUCUUUAUGCAGACACCUCAAUUUUAGUUAUGUUACCUGUCAGGUUUUUCUUUAGGAGCUAUGGAAGCCCAGAGUGGUCAUUCAACCAUACAUUUUAAUUUGUUUGUUUUCCGAUAAUAACAAAAUUUCCACUUGACUUAAUUUUUUAGACAACUUAGCAUAACAACAGCAGUUUUCCUUUGUUAUCAAGUUAAUUUCAGAUAUUUUCUUCAGAUCUUUCUUUGAAAUUUUAACUUGUUAAUGUAGGGCUGUCCCAAUACUAUUUUUUCACUUCUGACACGAUACCGAUAUUGCAGUCUUCAAUAACAGCCGAUACCGAUAUCAAUCCAAUAUCAGCAUGCCACAAAUGAAACAUACUUUCAGUACUUAUUUUGCAGUGUGGAAUGUUAGAAAAGGCUGCAUCAGGUGAUUUGAUUCAAACAGAGAACAACAGUCAGCAACAGUAGUUUGGGAAAACUGACCCAUUUUUUAUGAACAAAACAAAUAGAAGAAUAAAUAAAAAAUUUAUUAGGAGGCCCUGAAUAAUAGAUAAUAGAAUGUAAACAAAAUAGACAUAUCACUCUAAUAACAAGUGCUGUAAACAAAAUAAACAUAUGAGCACUAGCACCAGCGUUGGUUUAUUACUGCCACCUACUGUGUUGGAGUGUGAAUCACAGGCAUCUGUUUGUAUAGGGCAGAAGCACUGGAGCAGAAUGGACUGCUUUUAUUUUAUGGAGCAUUUAUAUCAGAGAUAUGCAGUCCGAUACAAUCCGAUGUUCUUUUUUUUUUGGCUGAUAUCAAACCGAUUUCCGAUAUCAAUAUUGGAUCAGGACAGCCCUAGAUUAGUGUACUCUCAUUAAAUAGAGAUUUGAAAGCCUUUCUUCUUGUUAAUAAAAAUCUGGUGUUGUGGAGAAAAUCAAAUAGACUGGUCACUAUCAGUAUGUUUACUUGUUUUUUAAUUAAAAAAAAAAGAUGUACAGACUGAAAUUGCUCGAACUCUAUCUUCUCUGAGUCGGACUCACGUACUUACGAAAGAGGAUUAGGUCCACAGGAAGAGAAAAAAAUAAUUACAAAUUCCCAUUUCGAGUUUAAAGUCGAGAUUUCAACUUUAUUCAUGUCGACUUUAAUCUCAAAAUUUUGAUUUUUUUUUCUUUUCAUGUGGCCCUAAUCCUCUUUCCUACAUACCCGUAUUAAUGUAGUUGGAUUGUAGUUGGAUCUAUUUUCUCUUCCGUGUGUACGGCACAACUGGACCAAAACGGGACCAAGAGCUCUGUGCAUGCCUUAAGUUUUGCGCCGUAAAUUAAAGAGCACAAAUGCGUUGCUAGGAAGCCUGGAAGUUGACAGAAAGGAUGUAAAAAAGACAGUAUGACUGUAGUUUCCUUCACUCUACUUGUAAAUGCUACCAUUGCCAACUAAAGCUCAGCUUCUUUCUGUGGUUGUUUUGAGUUUAUACCACUUUGGAGUUAUGACUUAAAAUAAUCUGAUGUUGUGUUAGUGAAUCUAAAACCACCAAUAGGAGAUUAUGAGAUCUUGAAAACACAGAAUAGAGUAAAUAAAAUUUAUUAAUAGAAAUUCAUUUAGGGCUUCAGUAUGGAUGACACCUGUUGGACAAGUUUUUUCAAACCAGAGCCUCUGAUGCAGCAGAAAGCUUUAUUUAAUAGUUAUAUGUUAACAUCAUUAUACAAGAAUGGAUAAUCUACAAGGGAAACAGAAAACCAUGUCUGGGCUCCGAUGUUCACGCUCGAGUCCAAACUCACACGUUACACUUGGCCCAGAGAAGUGGAAAAGAUUGUGUUCAUGUCGACCUUCAGACGUGGCUUUAGCACUGCAAAAGGAUGUUUAACUCCAAAGAUAUUAUAUGUGAUGUUUUAACUCGGAUGUGAAGUUUGAAGAACAUUCAAAUAACUGUGUUCAAAGAUGGAUGAGGUGCGACCUGAAACUUGAACCGUAGUCACUGAUAUUGUUGCUCAACUGAAGGAUUCAGUGAACCGUUGGUUUUCCAGUCAAGUUUAGUCCACUUUUAUCCCAAAGUGCUCAGACUGGCAGCAAUAUUUACAGCAUAUUUUUUUAUACAACUCCAAGUUGGACUUCUUUUUCUAUUUUCCAGUCUGCUGCGUUUUCAGCCCUUUGGGGUAAAAUGUGAUGAACUCCAUUUCCCCGAAUGGCUCUUGAAAAGCCAAACACACUUACGGUAACAUUUCCAUUGUGAUGGGACACAGUGUUGCUCGGUAACACAAACAGGAAACAGAGUAUUGGGGGUAUUGAGAAACCCAAAUUCCAAAAGUAAGAUGUGGUUUUCAUAUGUUUUACAACUGCUUAGGCUGUUCCUGUCACAUCUUAUCUCACUCUGCUCUUUCUCAUGAGGCCAAGGUAAUGCUCUGCCCUUUCUGACCCCAUGAACAGUCAUUUCUGAACAUUUCCAGACUACAUGUUGAUCUCAAGGGGAGACAUGCAGUACAUCAAGAAAAAGACAUUGUCAUUUAAGCUUUGUAUGUUUCAUUUUUCAACUUUAAAGCUCAUCUGAAGGGCUCCAAGCUGGUUUACAGACAUCAAUUUUUAGGUAAUAACUCUAUACAUCCCACCAAAGUAGAAAAGACAUCAGCAUGGAGAAUGAUAAUAUCUAGAUGAUUAGUUUAAAUGUCUCUAACCUCUGCUGCUGGGUAAGAUUUCUGUAUAAAUCAACGGAUAUUCACAGUAAAUGAUUAAUCUGAUGGUUUAAAGAGAGCAGGAUAAGAUUUUUACUAAACCAAACUGACACGUACACAGGUUAACAUCUGCAAAGUCCAGAAGAGUUGGCAAAGUCAACCCAACCAUAGGUUUGCUUUGAAGAGCAUCUUUCUGCUCCUGGCACUCUAAAUCAAAAGAUAUUCCCGGGACACGUAGUGUUUUUUUGUUUUUACCUGCCAUGAUUGAUGACAUGGAAAAUGCCUGAGGAUCGCCAACAGGAAUUUCUUCUGCCCAAAAAGUGGCGCCGCUCCGGGUUUUUAAAGUCAUACCAGAUUGGAGUUAUCCUAAGAAAGAAAAGAGGGUUCAUUGACAGCUAAGUUUAAGAGAGUCAGAGUUUAUAUGUAAAAAAUACAGUAAAACUUCCUGCUAAGUUGAUUUCAGUGGAUCUCAGACUUCAUGUACAAACUUAGCAUAACCUCAGAGAAGAGCUGUCAAACAAUCAAUACUUCUAAUUAAUGUUAAAUGCUGAAUUGCAAUAGUAAACCACACGUCUUAAUAAUAAUAAUAGUGCUCUGCUGGCCUCUUAGAUGCAGUCACCUGCUAAAAUCACUCAGAUUAACCACACCUGUAUGCUCUCAGGUUAUAGGUGCUCGCUCGGUCUCAUAGUACUUUGGCGAUGUUACUUUCCAUCCAUUUCCAUUGCAGCAGGAAGCAGUAGGUUUCCUGGAAGGGACAAAAUUACACUUUUUAAAUUUAACUUUUGCCUUAUUUGGGAUCUUAAUGUCAUUGCUAUUGAAAAAGUAAUGCUGACAGCCUUAUCUCUAAAUACUGAAUACUAGUUUAAUGUCAGGGAGGAAACUCACUCUUAACGAUGGAAACAGAGGUUUUAUUUGAUCAAUGCCUUAAGUUUCCCUCUUCACAUUUUUACUGCGGCUUGGAUGAUCGUUUUACAGCCAUUAUCAUCAGCAAAAAUAUUUGCAGUUAUAUCAAAACAAAGUUAUUAUUCAGUCUCUUUUCCUGUUGUUUAGCUGAAUCAUAACCACUCUCAUAACUUUUUACAUCUGUAAACAAACAUUAAUAACUGUUUUUAUGUCUUCUCCUCCCAGACGACUUUGCUGAUGAGGAGGAGGUGCAGUCCUUCGGCUACAAGAGGUUCGGUAAGUAAAAAGUGACCUCUAUACUUGUUGUUGUGAGCCUAAAGGACCACCUUCAGUUGUUCUGUCCCUUAUGACACAUCAAUGAUGUAAAUUACUACAUAAAGAGUAUUUUCUUUUAAUGCAGAAGCUUUUCUUGGCUGUAACCCUCCUACAAUAACCUCCAAGGUUAGAGGAAGGCCACACCUCGUUUCCCAGGAACUUAUUUUUGGCUGCAGCUUUUAUUUUUAUUUCUCUAAUACAACAACAGCAGGGUACAGGGGAAAGGAAAACCACAGCAUCCUGGGUGUUCCUGACCAGUGGAAUAACUUUGCAACCUUAUCAGCAUCUCGGUGUACUUUUCUUCUUCAACUCAGCAAAACACAGCGUACAAUAACGCCGUCUGAAACCAAAGGAAUCAGACUGGAAAUGAGUCUGCUGCUUCUCUCUCUGUGUGUGCGUCUGGCUCUCUGAUCCAGCUUUUCCAGACAGGUUCAUAAUCUCACCCACUCAUCAGGCGAUAAAAAUUAUACCCUUCAGCCAGAUGUUGGUAACUCCCCAGCUGAGUGCAGCACGUUCAAGAAAUGUUGUAUUAACACAUUCUUUCAGAGGAGCUCCUGAUAGCCACAGCCAUUUCCUCUGAGAUUUUAGCCAAACCUACAAUUGAAAAGUAAUGAACGGUUUUCGGCUGAGAUAUUAAACUAAGACUUAAAGCGUCAAAAAUCACUACAAAGGUUUAAGAUACAUUAGUUAUGUCUGAUCAUGUGACUAAAGAUGAAAUUAAAUGUUUCAAUUACUCACUGAGACGGCUAGUUUCUUUUUAGACCUAAUUUCAACCGUCAAGCAACUAACGAUUAUUUUUUUGUCGACUAAUCUAUCGACUAGUCGUCCGAUUAGUCACGAUUAAUCACUGUCUUCUUUAUUUAUAAACACCUAUUUCCGGGCUGUCGGCGUUUCAGGUGCUCAUGCAUCGCCUUGGUGCUGCCAUGGUAGGAAAGCUGAGCUUUGAUCGACGUGUUUUUUUGGUUUGUUCUCCGUAAAAUGUUCCCAAACUUUUGAAGUUUUGGGUCGGAGUUUUGGAGCGUCUUCUUCAGUUUGUUCUGCCAUAAUGUGUGCACUCUUCUUCUGUGUUUGCUCGCCGGAUGUAAACAGCGAGCGCUACUGCCCCCAGCACAUCCUGUAGUGCACUGCAGUUAUAGAUGAGCAUGAGGCGCCGGCAUGUGAUUCUUAACAACAAUAACACGACACGUCGACGCUUCGUUUUCGUGUCGAUGAAUUUGUCGUGUCGACGUAAUCGAUUACGUCGACUAAUCGUUGCAGCCCUAUUUAUUUUUAGACGGAAUUUAGACGUUGCACUUUAACCCAUUAUUUGAUAACUAUUUAUCUAAAAAGCAACUGUGAGUUUCAUAACUGAUCUCAAAGUACUUAACCAAAAUAAUUAUGAUUGAGCAAUAUACAGUGAAGUCAAGUAUAGCCGGUUAGUCUGAACUUGGUCUAAAUUUAGACGUCUAAAAAACUUUCAUUUUUAGACCUGUGGUAGCCUGAUUUUAGACCAGUCGUCUAGGCUAUAUUUAGACGUCUACUAGACCUCUUUUAGACCAAUAAAUGCUCAUUGUGUACUAUUUAACACUGAUACUCAGGCCCUGUUUUGUUAGGAGCCGUAUCUCUUCCAGUGUGAGAACUCUGUCAGAAUUUGCCUUUCUACUAUGACGAGCCUCAAACUGUCUUUGUUUUAUUUCAUAUACCCACAAUUCAAAAAGUCAGGCUGGUUACUGAUAAUUACGACAGCCACACUGGGUAGCUGUUUUCUGCAACUAUAAUGCGAACAGAGUUUUUACAGCUAAAUACUGUAAAUCUGGAUUAUUAACAAAUAUCCAAGAGUGACCUAAUGCUGCUUGAUCCAAUGAAGUCUGUAGUGAUUUUAGUUUUGACUUUAAAAUAUGCAGAAGCAGCAAAAAAGGGGAAAAAAACUUGGACAACAUUCAGACUAGAAACAAUGAAAAUGGUUUAUAUAAACAGAUUUGUUACGAUCCAUAUCCAGGACAGAAAUAACUCAAUUCCCAUACUUGCAGUUCAAAAGUACAGAGGCGUUCAUUCACAUAUCUUUUAGGAAGCAUUUCCUGCCAGGAGUUAAAUAAUGGCUGUUUUCUUAAGAUGCAACAACUUAUUUUUGUUAAAAAAAACAACGAUGGAACAAACUGUAUUUCUGUCAGUCCAGAAAAUAAAACAGUUAGUGAGUCUCUGUGAUAGGAAAGAAAACAGAGAAAAGAAAACAGUGGUUAUUUUUUUACUUUCAACACAAUUUUCAACAUGUUACUGCUGUUGUAACUGUAGCUGCAACACUUCACAUGAACAAGUUGAACAUGAUCCAGAACAUGAGCAAGUUUACCAUCUGCAAAUCAUCCCAAUUACCAAACUCAGCAAACUAUGAUAGAUGGAAAAAAAACUGAAGUUAAACACAUGACGUGUUAAACUUUGUGUAACACUCCAACCAAAAGAGCUCCCGUUUGUUGCUGUAAUCUAACUUUUUGCUUCUGAUGACAGUUCCAGAUGUAUAAUCUCAGCUGCAGCCUCAACAAUAUUAAACCUGGUGUUAUGCAGAUAAUUAAAAUCAAGACGAGAACAUGAUUAAAAGCGCUAAGCAUGCAUAGGUUUUCAUCUUUUCAUCCAGGCCAAGUGCAGCAACUUAAAGACUCUGAUGUUUCGCCUGCAAAGUCAUCCAGGUUUGCUAAGCGACUCUCCCGGUUCCUCCUCUUAUUCCUCUGACAUUCAAUGAAACAAACUCAUUGGUCAGUAAGCAGAGAUUUCCACAGACUUUUUGCCCCCUGCAUUCGUCUGCACCAGUCGUCACCGUCCCCAUUGGCCAGUCACUGCAGCACCUAAUUAUCACCGGUGCCCACACAGGUCACUGCAUAGAUAGUUGGGCCACAAACUGAGAGGCUGCAGCUCAAGGUUGACGAGGAUAUAGUAGGAACAACUAAAAACAGAUGGGACCUGAAAGCAUAUCUCUUUGUUUAUUUUGGGCUUUUGCAACUCUAGGAAUCGAAGUUAUGAUCAUCUGACGUUAGGUAAGAAUCAGAAGAUACCAAGUGAGGUCAACUCAUGUAUGUAUGCAUGUCUGCUUCUGUGCAAGAGUCGCAGACAAAAGUUUACACUGUGUCAACAAACCAAUAAAUUCACAGAGCACCAAGUGAGAAGUUCACGAGAUGUGCUGUUGACCAGAAGAUAAAAUGAUUUAUAGACAUCGUGCACACAGAGAUUCCUUCCUUUAUCGUCAGAUUAUACACCAACAAAUCUUCACUGAGCAUUUGUUUAAACUCAGUAGGUCCUGCACAUUCCUAGACUCUGUAAUUUGCUGCUUUCACAUAUAUAGUUUUCUCUUUGAUUGCAUAGCUGUGAAGAACCAGACCUUCAGUAUGAUGUAUGCAUGUCUCCACAUCACUCUCUCCUGCUCCCGUCCCAGGACAGAGAUCGGGUUUCAACACUUUGGGGGUGAAAUGGUCACGGUGAUCCCUCUGGUUUAAGAGGUGUUUGACAGUGUGUGUGUCCUUAACUCACUCAGCAGGCAAACGUCAGGAAGCGUGGGCGCUCUGAGUGUCAUCACAAUCAAUUUUCACAUAUGCACACAUCUUUUUUGUAUAACCCCCCAGAUCAGUGUAUGAGUGUUUUUCAACUUUCUGUACAAGCAGGGGAGAGUUUAGAUUUUCCGAUUUUGGAUUUUUCUGGUUUGGGAAUUUACAUGAGACUCAGACAGGAUUUACUGUGCACAUUAUAUGAUUAUGAGAGUCGGAUUCUCAGCUGCUUAACUGAUCACUGCCAAGCAUUUGCACAGGAGAAAACCACCCACAUGGGAAACUUUAGGAAUAAGUUAUUGCAUGAAGGGUUAAAAUAAAUCAACAUCUUCAUAAAUACCAAAAACAUCAUAAUUUUGCUUAGUAAACAAACGGAUGAAGAAGGUAUCUCCAUCUUAGCAAGCAUCUUGACUACAUAUUGUGUCUCUUGUCUUCUCAAACUCACCACAUGCUUUUGGGAAUUCACUUAUUCGCUCUCAGCCAAAUGCACUCCUGAACAUUUCUGGAAAAAUUCAAAGAAUUUUUGAAGCUCUGGCCUCAAAAAUGUCCAGUGUUGCUUGUUCACACAUGCUCUCCCCUACAUAAAUGUCAGAUGAGGGCGGUGGUGGGGAGGGGAUGACAUUAAAAGCACACUGUGGAGGCCAGAGCGAGAUUUUCAGAGCCCGUCACUAUGAUGGCAGUUUUUAUCCCACCUUAUCCAAAACAGGAUAAGGUUGGCUGUGUGUCCUUAAAAUGUGGAACCGAAAUACGCAUUCCUUGAAAUUUUGGGGAGUUUUGUGCAUGUGCAGGGUGCCCAGAAACUCAGAUUUUUACAGGAUUUUCCAUAUUUUAAGCUCCAGUGUCCCAUGUCCUGUCAGACCCUGUCCUGUUUUUCAUCAGUUGGAUUAUCUAAACAAUGCAUCAUGCUUGUAACACUGAUUUGUUUACAUGUUGUUGCCAAGGAUACUGCUGCUGCACAGUGAGCCGCAUCAUAUAUUUUACUAUACAUGGACGACUACAGCCUAUAGUUGUCUAAAUUAUGCAGUGCUGAAUUAUAUACUACCAUAACUUCUUGGCUAAAUGUCUUAAAAAAUAUCAGAAACAUAUGCCUACCAUUAUGAUAUACUGUAGCACUUGUGUGCAUGUGCAUGUGUGAGGCGGGGAUUUGACUGCUUUUUCAUCCAGGGCCAAUUCAAUCCCAGAUGUGAGUUUAUAGUAAAAUUAAAUUGUCCCUAUUUUAAGGUUUAAAAAUAUAGUUCAAUGAGAAGACACUCUCCUGUCUCCUUUAAAGGGAUACUCCUGCGAAAAAUAAAUUUAGGGUCAAACACACUGGAACACAGAGUUAGACACCCCGUCAAGAGAUGAAUGUUGUCGACCGUGUGCUUCUCUAGUUAUACCAACAUUAGUAACGACCACAGGAUAGCAAUACACAGCGGUCUGAGGAGCCAUAAACAAACCUCAACCAAAACGCCACUCUAUAGACACAAAUAAUGCUCAGAACAGCACCUAACUUCAUCAACAGUACAUAUAGGGUCCCAGCCAUAGUACUAGCCACCAAACAUCUUUUUAACUUUGCCUAAUUUCUUUAACAAAGAGACCAAACACAACUCACCGACUCUCUUCCAGCAGCCGCUUGUUUGUAGCGAGACCUGGAGGCCUGGAAGAGAGUAGGUGAGUUGUGUUUAGUCUCUUUGCUAAAGAAAUUAGGCAAAGUUAAAAAGAUGUUUGAUGGCUAGUACUAUGGCUGAGACCCUAUAUGUACUGUUGAUGAAGUUAGGUGCUGUUCUGAGCAUUAUCUGUGGCUAUAGAGUGGUGUUUUGGUUGAGGUUUGUUUAUGGCUCCUCAGACCGCUGUGUAUUGCUAUCCUACUAAAGUUGGUAUAACUAGAGGAGCAAGCGGUCGGCAACAUUCAUCUCUCGACGGGAUGUUUAACUUUGUGUUACAAUGUGUUUGACCCUAACUUUAUUUUACGCCAGAAUAUCCCUUUAAAUUGUGGUUUACUCUGCUUGGCAUGAACUUGAUGAACACAGGCCCAGCCUCUCCACACAGUAACAACAAAAGUCCUUUAGACAACAGUAUCUUACAGUUUUUUUUGCCCUAAUAUAGUUACAGCAUGUUUCCUGUCAGUGAUCCAAUCAAUGAGAACUCAUAAAAUAUGUCAGCUUGUGGUUUUGUGGUCACUUUAGACAGACCAAAACUCAUCAACUACUUGCUCCAGGGACAAACCGUGAAAGGUACCAGUCUUCCUCAGUCCCACUCUUAGGAUCAAAUGCAAGAGUUAAUUAAAAAACUGUGGUGCUGUUCCUUCUCUUUGUCACCGUCCACAACUUCCACACAUUUUUGUGUACUGGCAGAGGUUUCUGUUGUCGUGCUUUUUGUUUGUCCUGCUGUGAAGAGGAAUGAGGCCCUUGACUCAUUUUGACAUCUGCUUUCCACAAGAGGUCUAUUAUUCCACUGAGAGUGUUUCCAAACCUGAGAAGUUGCUGAGCCACUUCCUGUCUCCAUACUGGAAGUUUAUUCUGUGCAAACCUGAGAGUCUAUAAAGAGGUGGAGAGGGGAGUGGGCAUUGUGGGCCUUCGGGGUCUCUGCUCAGGCUGUGCUGUGUCAGCACUUGUCAAAGAGAGGGGGGUGGAAAAACGGGAAAAAAUAAAGCGUUGAGUAGAUUUGAUUUCAUAAAUGUUUGUUUACUUCCAGGUUUUAAAUCUAAUUUCUUUAUUGUUGUGUCCCUCUUUGUCACUGGUUGUCAGAUUUUAUUAAAACGCUUUAUGCUCUUCAGAGAAACAGUUGGAUUUUCAGCUGAGGAGUCACAUUCCUCUCCUGGCUUAUUUUUGGGUUAGGGUUAGCAAGUGGUUUCAAUUUACAGGGACUUUAUUAGCAGAAAAGAAUGUUUUCAGGAUGCCUGCCUGUUACUUAAAGCCCCCUCCAGGGCCUGCAUGCGUGCACUUCGGGGUUGUCUCGUCCUAAUGAAAGAUUACUCGCUCAUGUUUUCAAUAAAGUGCAGAGUGAAUGAGAGGAGGCUAAAUGAUCUCUAAGAAGCAGAUAGAAGUUUACAACACUGUCACAAAAGGAGAGAAAAGACAAAUAAAACAACACAGAGCAGCGCUGGGUUGACUUGUUGAUCUUAUCUCUGGCUUACGUAGUCUGCAGGAGCGGUCUGUAACUGGUCGUAAGAAUGAUGGGUCAAUCCUGGAUUGACCAAUGAUAGGCAGGCAGGAAUGCAUCCCAGACACAGCACAAAUCACUGCAGCCCAGCAGAGGCCAGUGAGACGCAUGCCACGGGAUUUCUGCUGAGGGUAUUAGUGAAGAGACAGGCGAAGGUCAGCAGCAGGUCGAGUAAACCUUACACUGAACAGGAGUCCAGCGUUUGACACUGAGCUCGAUGCAGCUGAUUGUGGCUGUAGAUGCGUCUGAUGUUUUCUAAAGUACAACAGUGUCAGUAUUUUGUAUUACAGAUACCUGAAGCUUCUAAGAGUUUCACAAAAAUCAGAUUAACUAGAAGGCAACUGACACCGACACACACUCAGUAGAAUUUCACAACAAAGAUGUCAGUUGUGAAAUUUAACUUCUUCUAAAAGCAACAAAUAACCAAUUCAAACUGAUAUUUGGAGAGAAAAUAGACACAUAGACAUUAGUAAGCAUAAUAAGAACUCUCUUCAAUGAAAGUACCAUGUUUUGACCUCUGCCCCAUCAGGGUCAUAGGUCUAACAUCAACCAGGUGGGCCGUAUGACCAGCCCUGCAUUCAGUCAGUGGUAGGGGCUCCUAAUUCUUUGGCUUCACUUUUGGAGGCGGUCAUUUUGUCCACCUUUUAAAUUCAGUCUAUUGGCUUUUUUUGUUUGUUUGUUUGUUUAUGUCCUAAAAGCUUGUAAGAAUUAACUUAGCAAGCAGCUUUUCUUCAUCUGGAUCAAAGGACUCUGAAGUAGACAAGUAGAAUAAUUUACAAGUAUCUGGUUCAGUUUAACUUGGACAUUAAAACCAGGAAGACUGUUGUUGUCCGUCUGUUGGUUAUAAUAUAAGACAUGACCAGGAUAAAGUGGAAUCCUUUUUGGUUUUCCAAUUUUUGAAUAAAAGUUGAUAGUUUUUUUCAUGUAAAACAGAAAAACGGAGUAGAAUUAAACAAAUUAGAUAAAAAUAGAAUAGAAUAGAGUGGAUAAGAAUAGAAAAUAAAAGUAGAAUAGUAUAGAACAAAGUAGAAUAGAUGAAAAAGAGUAGAAUAGAAUCAAAGGAAUGGAAAAGAAUAGAAAAAGUAGAACGAUAGAAAAUAAUAGAAUAGAAUACAGAGGUAUAGAAUAACAGAAUAGAAUAAAUAAUAGAAAAUAAAGAGUAGAAUAGUAUAGAACAAAGUAGAAUAGAUGAAAAAAGAAUCAAAGGAAUAGAAUAGAAAAGGAAAAAGUAGAGUAGUAUAGAAUACAGGGGUAUAGAAUAGAGUAGAUAAGAAUAGAAAAAAGUAGAAUAGAAAGAAAAAAGUAGAAUGGAAAAUAGAAUAGAAAAAAGAGGAAUGGAAUACUGAAAAGUAUAAUAAACACAAAAUAAUAGAAUAGAAUACAGGGGAAUAGAAUCGAAUGGAAAAGAAAAAAGUAGAAUAGACACAAAAAAGAGUAGAAUAGAAUACAACAGAAUAAAGAGGAAUGGAAAAGAAACAAAUAGAAUAAAGAGGAAUAGAAAAGAAUAGAAUUGGAGUAUUAUAUAAUAGAAAAUAGAACAUGUAGCGCUAGCUAUAACAAAACUUCACACAAGCUACUUGUCAACAGCCUACAGCUAUUACAGUGAUGACAUUUUCUGACUUGUGAUCAUUACCGCUCACUAUUUCCCUGUUUUUAGUAUCAGUCUCCUACUCUGCCCUCUGACCUGUCUUUAAAUAAGGCAUAAACAGUGUAUAGAUACAAAGUCCUGUCAGGGUAUGGCGGUGAACGAAUCAGGGUGAUUCGAUGGAACUUGAGUGCAGAAGAUUUCCUACACAAAAACAAGUUGUGCUUUGUCACUGACCAACAACUGCUGUUGGAAUCCUGCAAACCUAACUGUAAUUUCAGUCACCAAACCUCAACCUCGUGAAGCAACCACACUUCAUCCAUCACUUUGUUUCUGCACCCCCCUCAGUGGAGCCUGUAAAAUUACUUAGAUUUAAAUCAACACAAACUGAGGUCAAGGUUCAUAAAUUGCAUAAAUCUAAACACAAAGGCAGCUAUGAGGGUAGAAAGAGUCAUAAACGGAUGUUUGACUUCAAGUUGGUGAGAGCAGACACAUUAGUGCCAUAGUGAAAUGAAUGCAUGUCUUUAAAAGGACAUAUUUAUAGAUGAUUGUAAGGUUAAAGAGAUCAUAUGACUAGAAAGCGACUUCAGUCUGGCUGAUUUACUUUGUGGCUCCAUUUAUUAUCAAGGCUCAAAAUCAAAAUGUGUUCCAGCUGCCCUGACUUCCAUCUUAUCUUUGUAGGAAGCACUUAUUAGAUUCAUACAGUGCAGACAGAGCUAUGCAGACAUCAGAGGAACGGCUCCUGGAACGCCCGAUGGUUACAGUGCAUGUCACAAAACUGCUGUUCAGUUUCAACCAGGGACCUGUCAAACCUCUCUCUCUCUCUCUCUCUCUCUCUCUCUCUCUCUCUCUCUCUCUCUCUGUCUGCUCUCUUUCAAGACUGUUGAAACAAAGGAGGUCCUGUAGGAACAGUAUUGUGACUCUUGUUUGUUAGGAAGUCUCCUGCUGUAUUGCCGUAGAUGUUCUCAGUGUAAUAUUCCUAACCACCUCGCCAUUCAUCCUAACAUCCUCACACCAGUCUUUGCAAUGAGACCUCAAGGGAUGCAUUGGUCAAUGGUAACAACAGGCCUGCAACCGACUGUCAUCUGGUGGGGUGUCUCUUUUCACAUAAUGGAUGUUUGUUAGUGAGGCUCUCCUUUCACAGCAGGUUUUGGCUCAGUAACAAGAAUAACACACACGAGCAGCGGAGGUGUCUGACUCCAUUUUCUGUCUGCAGUCUCUGAUAGGCUGCCUGGAGAACUUCUACAUAUGGUUCAGCGUCAGCAUUACAUUUGAUGGAAGUCUUUUGGCUCCGCAGAGAGCCAACAUCAACCUUGCAGCUUCCUCACAAAGCUCCGAUGAAAAAUGUGUGUUUUUCUUUGUUCUGCUGUGAGUCACAGUGCUGCUCACAAACCCACUCGCAGACCUGGCUGCGCUGCGUCUGUAGCCCUGGCUGUGAUUACCUUGGCCCCAAAACCAGCCCACCACUUGGUGUUUUUCUUGUUUAUCCGUUAGUACUUGUAUUUUUUAAGGAUGCUCAAAAACUGUCUGCGUGUUUUGAGUUUCCAGUGACUCAGCGCUCAAGUGUUUCAGAUGGCUGCUCAAAGUCAGGCGUGUGUUUGUGUUUUCACAUCUGUACAGCUGCUGCAAAGGAAAAUAUCAGAUCCCCUCAGUCUGCGCUGUUUUGUACCAAAAGCAACUUUUAUUUGUUAGUAGAAUUAACCCCACAGCAUUAAGUAAUUUAGUACAAUAUUUCAUCCACUCAAAAACAGAUGUUUUGAAUUGCCUCUUAAAGAAGAUUGAUAAUAUGGUGUUAUUUGGCCAAAUGUUCGUAGUUUUGACAGAACUACAAAACAAUUUUGGCAAAUGAUAAUUUAUGAAGCUUAGAUUAGCAUCUUGGUUAGUUCUGUUUUGCUGUUUGCACUUCCAGUCCCUUUAAUGAUAAUUGAUAAAGUGCGAAAGAACAAACAGUACAUCCAAAUGACAAAAAACUCAGGAUAAAUCUGAAAAACCAAGUCAACAAGACUCGUAACUUUGCAACAUAGUUCAGUGAAGUUUCAUAUGUUAAUAACUUUUAAUUGCACUUUUAAUCCUAUGUUUAAAAUCGAUUAUUUUGCACAAGUGUAUUAACAAUGCAAACCUGUUCUCAUCGGUGUCCUGAUUUGGGAAUCAAAUGAAUGCAGUCUUCAGGAGUUCCUGUUUGGUUGCAUUUCCUCUUUCCCACAGUUUCUGUUUGACAGUAACACAGAUAACUGGUCACAACAUGUUCACCUGAAGACCUCAUUUGGACCCAUGCAUUGACCGUGCUGCAGUCAGUUGACACCCAUUUAGCAAGGACUGUUCACUUCUUUGGUUUUAUUUAAUCCACAGGUUUGUGGUGGUUUGCACUCAAAGCCCAAACUCAAAGUGAAACUUCAUUCGACCCAAGAAGCUUACCAGGUUGGCUCUUACAGGUAUCUUGGCAUACACCUUAAUAACCGAUUUAGCUAUAAAGAUUAUGCAAACAUGUUGUAGUAUUGUCACCUACAGCAAAAGCGAUACAUGCAAGAAACUCAAGUGUACUGGGUGGAUCGUAAGAUCAUGUCUUUAUUUUAACCAGCUGAGUAUAAUCAGGUGUUAGAUGAUAACAUCAUAUGGAAACCUUUCUGCACAGUUAAAAUCUAAGAUUGUCUCUCCUUCCAGUCGGUCAAUAUAUGAGCAAGUACAAAGAGUGUUUUCUGACCCAUCACAUGUCCCCCACUCUUAGUACAAAGCUCUUACCUUUGAACAGAAGAUAUAGGUUCCCCCAAUGUAACCUGAGCUGCUUUAAAAGCUCCUUUGUCCAUCUCGAUGUUGAACUUUUGAAAAAGCUUCUUGGGGCUCGUGCAACAAUGUCAUUAUGGGCUAUUUUUUUUUUAAAUCUUUUAUCUCAACCUUACAGUGCUGUCCUCUUGUGCAAAAUAUGUCACUUAUUUGUGGGGUGACUUUGGUGUGGGUUCUCAGAUAGCAUGUUGGUAAUUGCUGUUUUUCAGGAUGGUUUUUCAUACUGUUGUGGACGCAGUUUGGCAAAAGCAGCUCUUGAAUCCAAGAAGGUUAUUUUACAAUAUUGUAUCGUAUCGUUUUGCAUCUUAUCAUAUCGUUUCAUAUUGUAUCAUUUCGUAUCGUUUUGUAUUGUAUUGUAUCAUAUCGUUUCGUAUCGUAUCAUAUCAUAUUUUUGUAUCGUAUUGUAUCAUAUUAUUCCGUAUUGUAUCAUUUUCAUAUCGUACUGUAUCAUAUCAUUUUGUAUCGUAUCAUAUCGUAUCGUAUUGUAUCAUAUCAUAUCGUAUCUUAUCGUAUCGUAUCCUGCUCAGUAACAGCCUGGAAGAUUUAGCUCUCAGACAUUUAGAGAUCAAGAUUUACUGAGUUUGGAAACUGCCAACUCUUUGCAUUAAUCCACAGCCAUCGGUUUUACAUUUUCAGCUUUAUGGUGUUCAUUUUCAGUCACUGUUUUUCUGAUUUGCCACAGGAAUGACUUCCCCUCUCUCAGUAUUUGGUUGUUGUUGCUAGUUCUUCAGGAAACUUAGAAAACAGCUGUCCGUGGGCAUGUCAGCAGAUCUAUUUGAAUGAGGAAUAUGAAAUGUUCAGCACAGAGACUUCAAACAGGCUGUACACGCUCUUUGUUUCUACCUAGUUUUUGUUGGAUGUGAUGCCUCAAAGCUUUAGCAUGUGAAAUUGAAACUGACUUCAUCACUAACUCGUGCCAGCAGUAAGUGAGAAAAUGUGGUGUUUUGUACUUUAGUCGACAGGAAUUUACAUUAUGUAACUCCAGGGCCUUAGCCGGCAGUCAGAAUCCACCUCUCUGUGGUUGGCAUAUUUCCCCAGAUGUAAAGCCAGACUUGGCUGUAUCUGCAUUGUGUGGUUUUACGGGCCCUGUUUGGUGAUGAAGCUUGAAAGUGGUGUCCAGUGAUGGGAUUGAGCAAAACAUAAAUCCAUGAUGGAGGGGAUCUCUGCACUGGGUGAUGAUUGUUGCUGAUUCAGUCUCUUCAGUGCGUCCACAGUAGGCCACCCAGCCAGCGUGACCACACAAAAACCCCACAGCACAGAUGGCCUGUGAAGGCAACUCCAGUUCAUCUUGGCACCCCUGCAGCGGUUUGGGGCUCAAAUGAGUAUGUAAUGAAAUAUUCUCAACCGGCAUGACAAAACAGGCCUCAGUUUGUUUGUAUUCUUGUUGUUGUGGUGAGGACGAGAUCAGGAAGAGUCCAACUUUUGGGUUUAUUGCGCUGAAUGAAGUUUGAGAUGUCUGCCAGGGCACAGAUAAUUCUCUGAGAGGCUUCACUUUGGGAGCUAUCAUUUAUAAAACGGCUUUUCUUUGCACUAAAGUGGUUACAAUUAAAGAUUUUGUUUCAUACUGUUCCUUUUUUAUAUAAUCCGAAUUACAAAAACAAAAUGAAGAAAAACAUACUGAACUUAAACGGGCUCUUGAGGGGUAAUGACAUCAUGAGUGCAGCACAUUUCUACGGUCCAAAAAUACAGCGUCCCAUAAAUUCUCCCUUUACUAGAGCCUCUUGUGCACUUUGCCUUACCCUGAAAAUGACUUCACAGAAACCGCUGUAUUUAACGCGGCUUUUUGUCACUGAACCGAGUGCUUGUCCAGUGUGUCCUUCUUUAGAACAACCGUGUCUCAUGAGUCGGCCUGGCUGUUAUACCAACAAUAUUUAAACUUCUUAAACUUUUACACUAAAGGGCCUCGUAUCAGACGGGGGUCUUCAGUCAUUGCAAGACCUGGCUGAACUGAUCUGAUAAGAUGUUUUGGUAAAUUUUAGGAUUCAUGAUCUAGUUUUUUUAACCCAGUCUUUUUGGAGUUGUGGUGAAAUCUGGAUCCCAAUUACUUUGUUUAAGCACAUGUAUGAGAAAAAUGUGACUAUUAUUGACAGUUGUAAGCUUGUUCGUCUUCUGUUUACUGCUGGAUAUCUAAUCUUGACAUUAGCUGUCUGAUGCUAAUAUGAUACUCUGGAUUUUCAAAGUUGAAUUUUCAGCUUUUCCUGAUUUGGUAUUUGGCUGAUUAUCUUUUUCAUCGUUUUAUUUCACCAAUCUCUAAUAUAACUAAUUAACUAGCUCCACUGCUGGUUAGUCUUUUCCAUCUGCGUCUGUUUUUAUUCACUACUUUAUCUCACCUUAGGCCCCGCCCACAACAUUAGCUGAUUGGCUAGAUUUUACACAACUAAGCAAUGUAAGGUUAAAAGUUAGGUUUUUUUUCUUCUUUUUUUAAUGGUUGAUGCCGAUACCAAUAAUGAGAGAGUUGCUUAAUUUGAAAAACAUGACUGAUAUUCCUGUCAUGACCAAUAUUAAACUGCAUUAUUCUGAACAUUAUAACAGAGUUGUAAUAAACUAGAGCCAGUGACUGUUUUAGAUGGAAUAUGUCAUCACUGGUGAUGGAAAAAAUAUGUUUUUUAUUUGGAAAAGAUGAUGGUGAUAUCGGCCUUGGAGGGGCUGAUGCUCACAUGACUCUGAUUAUUUCAAAAUGUCAUUAAUCGUCCAGACCAAUACAUCAGUCUAUCUCUAGUUUUGAUUAAACAAAGUCUUGUAGUGGAGUUUUUUUUUUACUACAAAAACUAAAUUUAGACAUUAAGUUAUUGGUAUAUCAGUUCCAAAUAUCAGUUAUCGGCCUCAUGAAUUACUCAGUAUUGGCCCUGAAAAACUGAUAUCAGUCGAACCCUGAUUAAUAGUCACUCAGGAUUAGCUUGUUUUGGGGCCUCACAUUUUGCAGGUGACACAUGUUUACUGGUGAUGUGUGUCGUUUCUUCUGAGGGAGUUGGAGCUUGUUGCCCACUGCCGCUGUCACAAUUUCACAGCCUUCACACAAAACAUGCUGCACUUUCUGUACAGGAAUAAAUCUUCAGGUAUGAAGACAGGAGAGUAUGCAGGCUUGAUGGAAAUCCUAACAAGUCACGGGUCAAAACUAGAUAAGAGAUAUACAUGCAAUCACUCAUGACAUGAUGAAAGUGAGGCUCAGUGACCAACCCCCUCCUCUUCUUUCCCUUUCUCUGAGGUUCACAUGGUCCUGGUUUACGUAAAAUGACCUAAUUCCAACAUGCCAACUCUGCAACAUGAGCAGGAGGAGCCAGGGGGUCUGUAGUCCUCCACUUAGGCCAAUAAAGUUAGUUUAUGGUUUCCAUGUUUCUCUAAAUUCAUUGGUGGCAAUGAUGGUGAUAAAAUGUCCAGUUUGAAAGGAGCCAUUUAUGGUAUUAUAGAUGUCUUGAUAUUAGCUGUAAAUACAGUUUUACACACAUAUGGAUGACAGCUCUGAAAUGGAAAGUUAUCAACACUUCAUAGAUCAGUACGCUGAGCAGCUCUGGGGGAACUACUUAGAAAGUGAUAGCUGACUUUUUUCUGUCGUUGCUCUUUGAAAUAAGAAGACAAAGUUUGACUGCUUGGAUAAAAACAAUCCGCUUCUAAAUUGCAUAAUCUUUAUUUAAAAUGACAAAUAUAAAGGAGGAGUAUAACAGUGUAAAGGCAUCAUUAGUGAGUGCAGUAAGUAUAUUUUUAUGUGUAUACAGGAGUGUACAUACUGUUCCUGCAUGUGCUUGCAUUCCUUUUUUAAAAGCCUGGAUGCAGGUGCUGGUUUCAGUUGUAUUUUAUAGCUUUCCGUGGGAAUAUUAAUUCUCAAUUACAUCAAAAAAGUCAAACACCACCACCUCCUGCCAGCUCACGUUGGGCCUAAAACACAUGCUGUAUAUCAUUCACACAGUAAAUAAUGUGAAUUUCUUGACCUCAGCUCCAACUUUUUAUCUCCAAGUCUCAGAUCCAAAUUCAGACACAUGCGGUGAAGCUGGCGUUCAGUCUUAAAUUGAAACUGCUGACUGGAACGCAUUUUUUAAAAUUUUUUAUUGAUAUCCAAUCUUGGAUACAGUCCCACAAAGUCUCCUCAAUACGGUGGCCCAACUUUGUUUAUGAGGCACACUUGCGUGCCUAAAAGUCCCUCUCAUGAGAUGAAGAUAUAUGGGCCAUUUGUCAUAGUCUGUCUUCUUUUAACCAAGCACAGAUGGGCUGACAAAACCAGAUCUAAUCAACUCCAUGUCCACUGCUUCACUGGAUCUCAAUCUCUCUUUUAAUAGGUCAUCUAACUGUUUUCUCUACCAAUUAGGGUCCGUUAGUGCGUGUUAUUACCACAAAAAUCAUGCUGUGUACAGUUUAAAAGAUAUCUUAUAGUUGAGCGAUGAAACUGAAGGAUACCAGGUUUCAUAAUCAGCACAGGUCUGUCCAUCUGUUUCCUUUUCACCAAUUCCAAGUGUUUUCUCUUUGUACAAUUAGACAAAACUAACUUUGUACCUCAGUGCUAGCUUCAUUUUUCAACACUAGAGAGGUCUAACAUAGAUUUUAACAGCUUUGGGUCGACGUCUUACUUUUGAAGAAUGAGUCUUGGAAAUUAAAACUGUCUGCUCCCAAAAAAAUGAAAAUCACAUUUUUUAAGUUUGAAAGAUAAACAUAACUCUUAACCCUUGCAUUUCAACACUCUCCUGCAGAUCUAUAUGGUCCUAGACAUGAGAAAUGAUAGCAUGCUGAGGAGGAUGUUUACCCAAGACGCCCGUCCAUAUCGUACUGUAUAUCUCAGUAUAGUGUUUAUAUUAUGGUCUGCAGCCAAAGCCUCAAAAGAAGAUGUUCAGCUUUGUCAGCUUCAGACUGUAUGUGUGUGUGAGAGAGAGAGAGAGAAGUGUGAGAGUGUGUGUCAGGGAGCAUCUCGUCUGAUUCAGAACAGAAGGGGUGCACAUGCCUCCAACAUACACAUCUUUGGUUCUCACCUUACAAAUCAUGAGGAGGCCGAGAAGGCUUCAUAAAAAAACACACAAAAUAGCUCCCUGUAAGCAAAGCUCAAGUCUUCUGAUGCUUUGGCAUGAAUAGAUGAUGUAUCAGAUGUUUGCAUGCAUCCUUUGAUUGGUCUGCUUUGUAAUGAAGUCCAGAUGUUUGAGGACCGGUGCCCAAUUAAGAGCGUCAUAAACCAGUGAGUGAAAGACAAACACGGCGCAGGCAUGCUAGGCUAACUCAGCAAUUUAAGGACCCUGUCUCAGUGGAAACAUCUCAUGAUGGAGAGUGUUUACUUGUUAACAUUCCUGUCGAUGAGUGUUAAUAGUAAGGGUUCGCUUUAAGGGCCAAAGGGGGACACGACAACUCCAUUGAGUGUACCAUGGUAACGUUUUUAAGUUUUCACAUCAUCUCUGGAGCGAUUUCUGUCACACCGUUUUUAAUUCUACCACCCGAAGCCACAGUGAACAAAAAAGGAAAUACAUUUCUAUAAGUUUGAGGUGUCUUUGUUACUGUUCAUUGUAAAAGACCACUUUUUUUAUGGCAUUUAAAUUGUGUAUAUUGUAGAAAGCUUUAUGUUUUCUUCUCCCUUUUCUAAUUUUUUUUCUUAAUUAUUACAUUUAUUUAAGUUCUUAAUAUUAGGACCCUCAUUGUUAUAACUGCAUUUUUGCACUUUUUGUCUUGUCUGUGAUGCUGCUGUGACAAAAAAAUUUCCCCCAUGGGGGAUCAAUAAAGGAAUAUUCUAUUCUAUUCUAUUCUAAAAGAAAAGACCAUCUGUCAAAAUAGGACACUGUGUUUACCUAAAGUCAAGUGUAGGACAUGGAUACAUCUGCAAACAGGAAGUAGCCUAGCCAAACUGAGCUCUGCUGUGAUACACAACAUGUCUGCAAAACACUGACAAAGUGAGCAGACUAUAACAUUUGUACCUAGAGUAUACACUUGUGCACUCACGCAGUGUGGAAAUAUUGAAAAAUACCUGCUUAAUAUAAGCACCAAAAAGGGUUUUUGGGUUAAAUUAGCCUUUAGCUUCAGGCACUGCAGCACAGUCAAAGCUCUUGUUUUCCUUUCUCAUGGUUUGUUUUCUCAUUUUCCUCUGGAGGUACUGGAUUCUGUCACCUCUCCAGGCCUCUAAACAACCUCUAAAUAACAGGCUAUAAACUCAAGCAGCUAAAAUCUCUUUGGUUGACCUGUUGAGAGGUUAUGUUCCCACUAAAGCCGUAACCUGUCACAAGAUGACAAGUAGAGAGUACAUCAUUUUAACAGAACAAAAAGAAAAAAAGAGGAAAUAACUGGUUAUGUAAGGAUUGCGAAAUCAAAUUGAAAUAAAAAUGUGAACUGGUUAUGGAUGAGUCGUCAGGGAUGAGGAUCAUGGGUAAUCAUGUAAAUGGACACCACUUAAUUCCGACCACAACAAUAAAGCCAACAAAGCGCACAUUUUUUUAUUACACUGUCAUGAGUCAGUUGCUGUAAUGGUGCAAAAUGACUGUUGUUGGCUUGAGAUGGGGGGAAAAAUAAGAUUUUUCAUUUAUUACGUUUUGUUUUUCAUCCUCAGUAAUCUAUUACGUGCAUUUGGAGUUCGCAAUUCUUGAGGGUGCUUGAGUGAAACAAUCAUUAAACCGAACAGUUUCAAUCCAAAGCUGAUUGAGGACAUUUUAGGCUGUAAUUUGAGCUGCACUCGGAUGUAACAGCCGUUUUGACACUGUGAAUAUUUACAGUAGAGUAAAAGAGAAAAAAAAAAGUCUACUGUCCUGAAAUAUGGGAUGAAAAUCUGCAUUUGACAGCAUUAUAAACUGUCAAACUCCCUCCUGGAGGAGUGUGACUACUGGCCGUAUUCAGCGUUUACAUUCACCGAAAAGGAAGGCUGUGAAGUGUAAGAAUUCCUGUGGUCACCUCCCUGUUACUGUAUAUAACAUGGUAUUAACACUCUGCACAAAGAGUCUUCACACAAAGUGAAGUUUAGUCUGUACAGAGUUUCUUUGUGUUGCCAUGGAAGUUUCCACUGCCAGCCAGGAGGGAGACAGGGCAUGCGAGCACGUCUAAUGGCAGGUACAUGGAAUAAGGGAAUAAGUGUUGAAUUUUUUUUCUCUUCGCUGGACUCUGAGUCCAAAUGAAAUACAGCUGUUUUACAGACACUACAGUGGACUGCCUCCUUUUUCUCUCAGUUCGGCCUGAUCCUCUGCUUUUCCAGAAGUGUUGCUCUAAAUUAUUGUGUAAAUAUAUAUAAAAGGACCAAAAGUGAAGACUGGUGGUUCUCACUUGACAGCAGUGUUAGGCACAGCAUCCUCCAUGUUUUAACUCGGCUCUUUCUAGGCUUUUCUGGCAUUUAUGUUCCUCUGGGGGAUAAUCUGGCAGGACUCCAGCUUGUUGAUUGGGGCGUCCUGGCUGCCGUCCACCUUUUUUUGACUCUCUACAGGCUCGGUUCUGUGUGUUCUGCACCAGGCCGUUCAGUCUGGCAAUGUGUUUUCAUUUUCUGGUCUGCUCAUGACAUGUAUGUGUCAGCAUGUUUAUGCACUGUGGUUGUAUAUGUGUCAACGGCAAGAAUUCACAAUGGCGACAUGAAAUGAGGCGUCUAUCCUGAGCGGUGUGACAUAAAUCUGAAUAAAUAGUGUGUGGAUGAAACGAAAGAAGGUUAUUUUUAUGUUUGCCGCUGUGUCUCAAGUUGGAGACGAAACAUGACACUCUGUUUUCGCUUAAAAAGUUGUACAUUAUUUUUGUCUGUCAGGGACGUUGUUGUGACUGGUGCUCAGGAUAAUAAACUAUUUAAGUUAAUAAAGCUACACUAUACUAAAACAUAACAUCCUCUGCUCUUAUUAUGACAAACAAGCCAUCAUGCAUGCACAAGCAUCACUUGUCACACACCAAUUAUUGAUACAGAGUCCCGGUAGUCUUUCCUUUCAAGUUUCCAUGUAACCGAAUCCUGCUGCUGCUGCUGCCGUGAAAGUAUUUGCCUCUCAAUACUGACAGAACUGUUGUUUAAGCAAAAUCUCUUAAAGGGGAACUCUCCUACGACAUGCUCUUGGAAAAUGUUGUGACUCUGGAAGGAGAAACUCGCUUCUCUGCCCAGAAUGAAUUUCCACGUUGGUUCACUGGAAGGAUUGUUGCUCUCUGAACAUCAUUUUUCUGGGUUUGUAACGCAGCAGAGUGAAGGUGUUAACUCCAGGAAGUUAAAGUUUACACAGAGACCAAAUGUGCGUUUAGAUUUAGCAGUCAAAGCGCUUUCAUCUUCGGGUUUGAUUCUUCUAAAAAACUUUUUGCAUGAUGGAGAAAUUGCUUGAACAUGUGUUCCAUGUUAGCAUCCAAACAUGAUUCAGCAUUUUCCAUCUCUAGCCCCUCGCAUAAACACAGUUUGUAAAAAUACAGUUUUUCAGAUCUUCAUAAUCCGUUGCAGUGUGGAGCUGCAUAACUCACCACAGGUUCAGUAAUUUACAGCUGUAGCAUGUUCUCUCUCUCUCUCUAUGGACAGUUAAACACAGUUUCAGAAUUAACCCUAUAGAACCAGAGAUUCUGGUUUUUAUUCUCUGCUUUAUCUCUGGACAAAAUGACCAGUGAUUUGAUGCAUCUUAUCUUCCAAGUCAAUAUUUGGAAGUUGUAUGGAAUAACUGUCUUUUAGUUAAUUCAGAUUUAAUAAUUGGUUUUAUUCUCAAACCUGCAGGCCCAGUUCAAACUGAGUCAACUGACAAUGAAAUGGGGAUAUUUAGCAAUACCCAGAGGUCAGGUAUUACACUGAAAUGCCCCCUUGCUCACCCCUGAUAGUGAAGCUCAAUGCAUAACAAGUGUUAUUUCUUCUUCUUCUUCUUCUUCUUCUUCUUCUUCUAAAUGGUGCAUUUUGGCCACUCACCAAACACAAAUAUGCACAUAACUUUUACUAGUUUGUCCAUUCUGUGCUGCUGUAGAAACAAAAUGACAGCCUCCAUAGAAGAGGACCCGCUUAUUUAGCCAUAUUUUACAUACAGGUUUCUAUACCCUAACUUAAAUACACUCAUUAAUGUUGUAUUUGAUUUCUACAAAGUCUGCUCAGCUAAACACGCUGCAUCUUUAGGGCAGAAUAUCCGACUCUUCACUUCUCUCCAAGGACACAAAAAAACAUCCUUUAAACUCUGAAGGGAUUGUGUAAAUAUUUUGAAGUGACUCAUCCCAUGAGUGCUUUUUAAUCUCCAAAAUUUAUCACACUACAUUAGGUCAUAGUUUUUAUUUGACUUUCAUUUCAUGUAUAAACUCUUGGAUUUGUCUUUCAGAUUUGAAAUGACCUCCAGUUGAUUUAUACGGUGUUUUGAUCAGCAUACUUGACUUCAUGUUCAUUUUUCAGUGGUUGAUUGACUUUAUAAAUGCCCUCACGGUAAUUGAAAGUAGUUUUAACGGUGCUGAAAAGUUGUUUCAACUCUGUACAACAACUGUGACAACACGCUGAAAAGUCAUGAUGGAUUCAAUCAACAAACAGGUUCAGUUUGACACUGAGUCCAGGCAUCAACACCCUUGUAAGAAAUGUUCAUUUAAUAGUCUGUGUUUAUGAUUCAUGCUCUGGUGUCUAUAACAAAAUCUGUCACACUGUGUAGUAGGUUUGUGUCGUGGGAUCUGUGUAAUUAGUGGGACGUUUGGAGUAAAAUUCAUUAUUAAAACAUCAAAAGUAAAAGUAGCCUGAGUGAAAGGGUUUGAACUGUGAGAAAGUAUUUGAACUCCAGUGACCCUGCACGCAUGAAGAACACACAUAUGAAGCAGCCACCAUGCUUGAGUUCAUACUCUAAUGAACACACAAACACCAGCCCUGCUUUGCUCUUGACCCAGAACCUGCAGACGGUCCGCUGCUUGUUUAAACUGUAUGAUGUUGUGGUCAGGACCAGUGGGGAGGGGGUCUCUGAUGCAGGCCUCCAUACUGGUUCCCAACAUGAGGCCCUCGACACACUCAAGGACAACAGAGCCCUGCAUAUCCAUGUCUGGAUCCUCGGCUGGGCCUCUUUGAGGUGGUCAGAUGUGAUGUUUGGACAGAUGUGUAAGUCCAAGGCCUUCAGGGCCAACCCCCCUUGCCCCUAUGGUGGUCUUGCCCCACCCCAUACUGGGAAGAUGGAGCCUCUUGGGGCUGCACGUUGAGUCCCAUCAUGGGUGACAUGACUUAAAGAGACAGAGCCGGGUCUCCGAUACUUUUAGUCACAUGAAGAUGUCCGUCCAGCUCUGGGAGUUUGGACUGGGACCAAAAGACGUUCAGAAAACAAUUUUUUAAAAUAUGGCUCAGCUGUAGUGUCCUGUACUUUUUCCUCUAGACUUCAAGAUAUCAAAGGGGCAAAAAAAAAUUGUGGGUUCCCAAUCCUUAGUGCAUCUGACCACCACCAUAACCAACAUCGAUACCUAUGAUACAGUGGCGAUUGCUCUAAGACUGCAAGGGAAGCUGGGCUUCCCUUAAAAUGUCACCCCCCCAAAAAAAAGAAAAAGUGGUGAAAUACGUACGGCUGUGUGUACAUUUCAUUAACUAAAUACGCACUAGAAAGCCUUCAACUUUUGUUCAGACACUGUGAUAAGAAGCUGAUAAUCACAGGUAACCGGCAUAACUUCGUUCUCAUUCAUCCUCGCAGCGCCUCAGCGCUUCAAACAGCCGGACGCUGGGCUUCUGCUGACUUCAAUGUGGAAGCUUAAAGUGGGUUGUUCCAGCAGCGAAACUAGACGCUCAUUGGAUAAAGGCUGGGCUUUGUCCCGCCCAUCGGAAGCCCAGCUUCACUGGAGUUCUAUGGCGAGAGGGCGGUCCCGACUUUCUCCCGGACUCCAAGCUUCUGCAUUCAUGAUUGGAUGAGCUGUCUGAGGCGAAAUCCUUUUUUGAUUGACAGCUAAACAAGCGAAUCAGCGAUCUUGAAGAAUAAAACAUCUACCAGAGCAUUUUCCAAGUCAUUCACUCCGUUGUUCUUAACUGCUCCAGAGACUUUACCGAUCCUCAGCGACUUUUGUCUUUGUUAAAAACGACUGCCGUUGUGUUUGGCGACUCUGUUCUGUUACAUACUAAUAAACAAAUACAAUUAUGAUGUAGGCCAGAAAAAUGAGCUUCCCCUCCUUGAAAGACCAGCAGCCGCCACUGCUAUGAUAAUAUUUUUUGUAGUCAAUGCUCAAGUGUUGGACCACACAGCACCAGUUUACCGUAAAGCUCCCAGUGUUUCUGGCAGUGACCAACCAGCUUCUCCCUCCUGGAUGCUAUUUUCUCACUCACUCUCUGUAACCCCCCAUACGGCGCCUUGAUGGUGACAUAAGCAUCCUAGUUAAUGAAUAGAACCACACAGGGGUGAAGCAUCUAUUCAGGGAUUUCUGCAGGGUGGGCUUUGAGGUCCAGUAUUCACAUUGGUGUUGAAGAACUGAUUCAAAGAUUGCCAGAGCCUUUCUCAAUGUAAUGUUCUGCUCUUGAGCUCUAAACCCGCAAAGUCUAAAGGUGUUGGCCUCUUUCGGGUUUAGAGCUCCAGGGUGCAGGGCCAAGAUGAAGGAGAAAUAAUGUCUUGCUCUGUGAUAAUAAACCAGUGGCAAGAUCAUGCAUGUUUAAUUGUGGUGGGUAGGUGGAAAUUAAUGGAUUUCUUUGAAGGAAGCAUCAUAUUUGAAAUCCUGCAUUACUUAUAACAACAUUUUACUCCAUUAGAUGAAUUGCCAAAUCUUCAGACUGACAGUAGCGAAAUUUCUGCAGCUAAGACAAAGUGAGCUGAUGUUAUUCAUACAUUAACACUGACUAUCAGGUUCCCUCAGCCAGCACUGACUUUAAAAAGCUUAGCUUGGCUCCUUUGGUGUUUGUAAUACAAGUGCUCACUUUUGUUUAACUUCUCUGGGAAAGAUUUUGAAAAUCAGGCCAAACUCAAGACCAGUCUGGAGGGUCAUUUGACUGUUGCUGUAAACCUAUUUAUAGCUGUGUUGUGUUUUUCACCUUAAGAUUUUGGCAGGAAAAAAGCGUAUUUUGAACAGUUUUUCAGACCUUUGUUUGAUAAAGUGAUACGUGGUUUCCAAAAAUUCCCUUUCCUUUGUAAACCCAUUUCACAGUUACUUCUAUUUCCAGAAAGAUCUUUAUUGCCUGUUGUGAAUAGACCCCAGCUGCCCUCUCGCUCUGCCUGCCAGAGGCCGCUCACUCACUUCUAAUGAAGUCAUGUAAACAUCCUGUCUGUAGUUGGAUGUUUAGCAUCAUAUCACAUGGCGAAGGCGGUUUCCAGGACGUAGUGUCAAACCAGUGAACAUCUGUGACACGAAUGACCAAAAAGUUCACUGCACCGAGUCUUUGGGUUGGAUGGUGAUGAGGAAUGAGAGAAAUGAAAUGAAACUGUUUUGUUUAUAGCUCUGCUUGUCAUAUGGCGAACACAUGUUUUUAGGUUUCAUUGUGAGUAGUCUUGCUCCUUCAUGGGGGGAGAUGUUUUCAAUCCUCUCUUGGCUGAGGACAGGCACAGCACGUCCCAUUUUUAGACAUGCAAUACUAAACCGAGUUAUGAAAAGACAAAAACAUUUCAUCUUUGAAUGAAAACCUUAGGGCUGUUUAUUUGACUCACUGCUCCAGCCGCACAGUAUGCGAUUACUACUGUUUCCCAUCACGUAUACUGUUACAGGGAUGAAGCAGACUUACUGUAUGCUUUACACUGAUUUGUGACAUAAUGUCUGCUGUGUGUUGCAGGAAUUCAGGAGGGGACCGAGUGCACCAAGUGUAAAAAUGACUGGGCUUUGAGAGCAGCUAUUGCACUGCUGUAUGUGCUGUGUGCCCUGCUCACCAUAGCGGUGGCUGUCCUCGGCUACAAAGGUGAGUCAAAACAAAUGUCAAUCUUGAGUCCCGAAGCUUUUCACGAUUCUGCAACACAAACCUUAGAUUCUGCAAAGUCUUAAAGCUGUAUGCCGAUUACACAAACUCAAGUCAUUAAAGGGAUAUUCUGGCGUAAAAUUAAUUUAGGGUCAAACACACUGAAACACCGAGUUAGACACCCCCUCAAGAGAUGAAUGUUGCUGACCGCUUGCUUCUCUGGUUUUACCAACUGUAGUAACGACCGCAGGAUAGCAAUACACAGCGGUCUGAGGAGCCUCAAACCUCAACCAAAACGCCACUCUAUAGCCACAAAUAAUGCUCAGAACAGCACCUAACUUCAUCAACAGUACAUAUAGGGUCCCAGCCACAGCACUAGCCACCAAACAUCUUUUUAGCUUUGCCUAAUUUCUUUAGCAAAGAGACUAAACACAACUCACCUACUCUCUUCCAGCAGCCGCUUGUUUGUACAGAGACCUCAGACGAGUCCAUUACGGACUACAGCGGGGUGACGCAGCUCAAGGAAGAACAUUUAUGAUCAUUACUUUUUCAUUUCCUUAAAGUAAUAAUCAUCAUAUUAAUCAUUUUGUAGUUCUUCUGUUCAGGUAGAGACCACACAAGGAGAUAUUUUUUUAAAAUGAGCCUCCUGAUAAAGAUCGAUGUACAGAAGGAAGUCAGUGCAAGGAGUUUGCCGUCACAUAGGGAGUGACAUCAAGUUGGUGUAGUUACUGCAGGCAUUAGACAAUACAGUAUAGAGACCAGUUUGAAACCCUACUGGAGCUCCACGAUAAAUCCCUGUUCUUUAUUUUAAUCUAACAAGUAGUAUUGUGCCCAAACCAUCUCACCAUCAUAACUGGGCACGAAUGUGAUUGUUGUACCUGGUGUCGGGUGCCUUCCCCUUAAAAUAUACCCACCAUGUGGCAUGUUGGUUGUAUAUGCUCACUGACAUUGUAUUUAUCCUGUUGUUUCUGAGGACUUGUUGGCCAUGACAGUUGAAUUAAUCUUAAGCACUGUAAAUCUCUCUGGCUUUGUUAUCACCCAACUUGUUUUAAAGGUCUAUAAUCCAUCAAUAUUUUAAUUUGUCUAAUAUUUUGGUUAACGACCGUCAAAUCUCUUGCCACAGAAUGUAAGAUUCUGACUCCCUUGACAGAAUCCAUUGUUUACUCUCUGAUGAAUUGAUAUCUUUUGGAUGUAAGCCAUAGUUUGAGAUUAUUAACACAUUUGUUGUGCAACAUUGUCCUUAAUGCAACCCUUUUGAUCUGUCAUUUCUCCUCGUUUAAACCAGAACGAUGAUUUUAAAUAGAAACAGAAAGAAUUCCAGUUUUCACAGAUGCCAUCAAUAUGGAAUGCACUUUGUGUAUUGUCCAAACUUACACAUUUUUAACCACUAUCAAUCAAAGACAACCUGUCAAAACACCCUGGAGCGAAACACUGAAGCCUCACCUGCACAGGCGGUCUAUAACCUGAUACAAGAGACAAAAACUGCACUUGUCCAUCAGAGAAGGACUUAAACUGCAAGUAAACAUGUUGACAAAUAAAACCUAAAUCUAAUGCAGGUUUUGCAAGUGUUGUCAGGAGUGUUAUGUGUUUCCAGAUUUAGGUCUGUGGCAACCUGGGGUCUGUGAUUUUGAUGGUUUGGCUCUAAUGCCAACCAGAUGACCAUGAACUGACUACCCUGGCUUAACAACCCGGAGGAGAUUUUAUGGCUUGGUAGCAAUUUGUUGUCUCAUGAACCACAGGUUGACUCACAAAAGUCUGCAAGUGUUCAAAAUAGUUAGUGAGUGUGGGCCGGAUUCUUUGUUUUUGUUUGUUUCUCUUUUACACCCUUUUAAAAGCAUUUACUUGAGUUAACCAGUGUACUUCAGUGAGUGUUUCUUGUUUUUUUUUAACCCAUAUUCAAGAGUAAAUUCGUGUUUCUAUCUGUGUCAGUGAGUGUUUGCGGCCGCAGCAUUGAUCGGUGUUAAUCUGCGGGGCCUCAUGUUGGGUAACAGCCUUAGCACUGCUCAUAAUUUGGGUCAUAAUGAGCCGUACUUAAAUUAGCACUCUUGUAUAACUUGUAAUGCUUUUUCAAUGCAGAGCUGUGAGAGGAAGGAAACGAUUACCAGACAGGGAUUAAGGGGCGGUGCGAGAUCUCAUGGGGAAAACAGAUACCAUGAUGGGAAUUUACAAAAGCUGCGUGUGAAUUGGCAGAUGUAUUAAAAUUUUAGUGUGAGGUGUUUGUUGUUUUUUACAAGCUCAGAUUGUGAUUUUGCCCACCUGUGCAUUUAUAAAUGUAAAUGUCUGUUCUGUUUUUCUUUAAUACUGUUUUUUAACUGUUAUGAAGCAUCAUUGUGUCUGGUUUCAAGGCAUCUUUGGUGCUGUAGCAAUACAUAAGUGGUGAAUGCAGUAAGGCAUAUGCAGGGUUUCACAGUUCCUCAAAAAGAUAAAGAAAUGAAGGAGACAGAGAUGAUGCUUGUGCUUCAGUUGACCAAUGGCUCACUGACUGGGCUCGUCUGUUUUUUUUUCUAAGUGCAUAUUGUUGUUUAGUGUUUUUGUCACGUCUGGAAUGAAAACAGCGAAAGCGUAGGAUGUUUUCCAGCGAACUUUUCAGACGCCCACAUACUGACAGAAAAACAAACCUUGGAGGAGAGGAGAUGAACUCUUGUUGCAGAUGUGAGUGGGGAAGAAGAGAAAGUGGAAACAGAGUUGUGGUGUGGAAUUCUUUAUUUGUUCAACAAUAUUUAUUUUCAUGAAGUGGAAUUUAUGAAUGUACUCUGAAAACGGAGUUCUGUAACAACCAACAGAUGCUCAGUUGCGCUCAGUUACAGAACACUGGAAACUCUGGAAACUCUGUUCAGCAUCCAGAGGUCAGAGCAGCAGUUUGAGUUCCCAGUUUUUCUGAGGAGAAUGAAAACAGCAGCGCCAUCUGCUGUUCACAUUUAGUACUGCAUUUUUUUAUUCAACAAUGACAAUAAAGAAUCAUUUAAUUUUGUAUCAUCAGAAAACUCUAUCCCGUGGACAACCCAUCAAAAUGCCCUCUGACUGAGCUAUCCAAAGACCUCUUAGGGUCAAAAUCUGAGGAAAAUGAAACAUAAACAUACCGUCUGUGUAAUGCGAAUUACUGUAUUUAACUGUAUAUGAUCAUACUCUAUGAACCUGUUUACAUUAGACUUCCUCUUUCCUCUUUUUCAGUGGUCCAGAGAAUGGAUAAUGUCACAGAGGGCAUGCAGAAUUAUGGAGGCAAGAUCAAUGCGGUGGAGACAGACUUAAAGAAACUAGGUACGUCUUAUUCGAUGUCAAAAAUGUGUUUUUAACUUAUAAAAAGCUCUGGACGAAAGAUUCAACACAAUAUACAGGGAGGGUUAUUCCUCUCAUCAAGUUUUUUCUCCAUCUUUUCAGAUUAUCAGACAGGAGAAAAGUCAGUAAAUGCCACAAGUGCAAUCAAGACUUUCAAAUCAGAUCUGGAGACUCUGCAGCACCAGCUCAAUGACAUUGCCAUCAGGUCCACCAAAAACAGGGACAUGCUGGACGAGCUCCAGAUCACAGGAGAUGAUAUACAAAAUGGUCAUGUCUCCCUGCAGAGUUUUCUGCAAGGAAACACUGCCUCAAUGCGUGGGGUCAACCAGACACUGGCUAUCUACGGCAGCAUGAUUGACAACCUCCAGACAGACACUGCAUGGCUUCAGUCAGAGAUACAGAGCCAGGUCAAAGUGCAGAGCCAGACCCAGGUCACUGUCAGCGCGCUAAACAUCACCCAGGCCCAGCAGCGCAAUCUUCUCAGCACGCUGCAGAAGACAGUGGAGGAUGCGAGCCAGGCAGUGCAGAAACUGAAAAAUGACUAUCAGGGUCUACAACAGAUGGCCAGGCAGACCAAAUCUGACACAGAGUGGCUGAAGGAGAAGGUCUUGAACCUCCAGGUUUUGGCGGCUAAUAACUCUGCCAUAGCUCGGACCAACGGGGAAGCUCUGGAUGACCUGGGGGCUCAGCUCAGCACGUUAGCGAGCCAGAUCCAAAACACAUCAGCUCUGACUGAGGGGCAUGACCAGAGCCUGCGGGAGAUGAUGGACCACCAAAGAGACCACGACAACACCACCUCGUCCAGGUUUGAUGAGAUGGAAGCACGACUGGACCGGCAGGAGAACGACAUGGACCGUGUCACAGGGAACGUGAGCUUUGCCUCACAACUCCUGGGUGCCAUCAGCUCAGACUUGAACGGUAUGAGGUCCUGCGCUGAGACCGUGCUGCGACAUUCAGACCUGUUACUGGGACUGAACAGCAGUGUGACGGAGGCCAGAACAGAGGGCCAGGAGCUGAGAGCCCAGCAGGAUGAACUGACAGCCAGACUGGACAGAGAGGUCAGCAACCUCUCCAUGGUGAUGGAGGAGAUGAAGCUGGUGGACAGCAAGCACUCCCAACUCAUCACUAACUUCACCAUCCUGCAGGGUGAGAACAACAGAUACACUUUGUGAAUGACAUUUCAGAUCAUGUGAAGAUUUUCAGACCGUCCUAAAUAUCACUAAAUUUGUAAUUGUAUAUGGAGUUUAUAGGGCUGCAUAAUUAUGGCCAAAAUUAUGAUCAUUAUUAUUAUUAUUAUUAUUAUUAGCAGUAGUAGUAGAAGUAGUAGUAGUCGUAGUAGUAGUAGUAGUAGUAGUAGUAGUAGUAGUAUUCAACUUUAUUUCAGAACCACCACAGGAUGGUCCAUAUCACAAAAAAAAUAAAAUACAAUAAAACAAAAUAAAAAAUUAUAAUCAUGUUUAUUCAGAUCAGUAUUGAGAUUGGGGUUUCUUGGAAUGAAUCACAAUCAUUUAUUAAUUUAAGAGAAAACUUUUUCCUUGUUUAUCGUUGGUUUGAAAAACAAAUCUACUCUGCAAUUUUUUCCCACAUUGACCCCUAAAUACGUCAACUUGCUUCAAAGCUGCUCUUCUGUAAGAACCUUGACUUUGUUUUGAUGAUAAUACACUUUAGCUAAAACUUAUUACUGUGAUGGGCUAUUUUCAAAGUGUGGUACUGAAAAGACAAUGGUCUUAAUCUGCAUUCACUUCAUAGCAGUGCAGUAAAAGGCGAAACCUUUUGCACAGUCUUUUGAUCGCCAUUCUCAAAAUCGUAAUCCUUGUUGUUUAUGUAUCUAUAAAUCAAAAUGAUGGGAGCCUACAGGUUGCACAUGUGAUUGUAGUCUGAUUAUUGCUUGUAGAUACCAGAGCUUUCCAUGCUCAGUCCGUCCCUUUGUAUUACUAACACACAGCUAAUGCUUUUCCUCUUAUAGUCAAUAGUCAAUAACUGCUUUUAGUCCUAAAACUUUGAUUGCCAAAACCACGAUCAUUGGUUAAUCUCUUGGGAUGUUUAUUUUGAACAGUUCUACACCAGAAUUUCUAAUAAGCCCCUAAAUUAACCCAUCGCAACAUCAUGACAAGCACCCCUCUGUCUGGACCAUUAGGUCUUUAGGGUCUGUAUCCUCUUCUGGUAAGAUAAUGUGAUGUAUUCAGGAUGUGUCUUUGCAGAGCCUCAUUUGUGUGAACAUAUGGCACAGUCACACCUCAAAGACGAAAGGAAACCUCUUCAAACGUGUCAAAACUGUUCCCUCAUGCUCAGUAAUCAACUCAUGAAACCACCAAAACUUUGUUGUGACUUGGAAUAAAGAGGAAAUAAAAGUGUUUUUUCUGAGUGUCUGUGUGUUUCAGAUGUUUGCUCACAAGAUAACUCUUCAAGUCUCCUCCAACGUAGUCAUAACCUGUGGGCUCUAACUCUGUUUCAGGUCCACCAGGUCCAAGGGGGGUCAAAGGUGACAAGGGUCCCCAGGGUCCAGUGGGACAGACAGGACCAAAAGGCGAUAAAGGAGACAAAGGAGUGCCAGGGGCGGUGGGGCCCAAAGGAGACAAAGGUAACCCUGGACCACCUGGUGCACCCGGUCCAAAGGGUUCUUCCGGGGCUCGGGGUCUUCCAGGAGCCAAAGGAUCAAGGGGGUCCGGAGGUCGACCUGGAAGCCCUGGAGAAAAAGGUGACCCUGGGGCUCCAGGGCUUCCUGGGAUUGAUGGAAGGCCUGGGAUGCCAGGUCCAGAGGGGCCACAGGGUCCCAGAGGAGCUGCAGGACCUGCAGGGCUUGAGGGGCCACGUGGGCCUGUUGGACCCAUCGGCCCUUCUGGCCCUCCAGGGCUUCCUGGGCUACCUGCUCCUGUACCUCCUCCAGUUUCAAAGGCAACCCAGAGUCCUCAGCCCACUCAGCCAGCGAAGGCCCCGGUUUCCCCUAAACCACCUCAACCCCCCAAACCAGCAGACAGUCCACAAGGGUCCACGUCCCCUCAGGUCCAGCCCCCUGUCACCAUGAGUCCAUCACCAGGUGGGUCAAAUGAUGAUUUCAUGGUCAAUAUCAGAAGAAAACAUCUCCCCUGGAGGUGACAGGGAGCUUUCAGCAGCUCCUGGUGCAGCUUGAGGUCUUCAUCAGUUUAUCUCAGCUCAUGUUUACUGUUUGAUCUGCAACCUGAGACAGAGAACGUCGUUUUCACUUGUGUGCAGAUAUCUGUCUAAAGGGGAAGCAACUACAAACUACUCUAAUGCUCAUUGUGAUAUCCUGUAAAUGAUCUAUUCCAGGCUGCCCACCUGAGUUCAAAAAGUUUGGAGACAGCUGCUACUACUUCUCCUCGGGUCCUCAGAGACUCAACUUCGACGAGUCCUUCCAGUUUUGUUCCAACAUGUCGUCUCAUAUGCUGAUUAUAAACGACAAUGAUGAGCAGGUAAACAAAACUACAGUGAAGCAUUUCUACAGAACUAAAAACUUUCUUCCUGUAUUUAUCCUACAUUUUAUCGUUUACUCCACUGUAGACAUUUGUGAGAAAUGCAAUCGCAGGAAAAGGCUAUUUCUGGCUGGGCCUCACUGAUAGGGAGGAAGAAAAUGUGUGGAAGUGGGUGGAUGGGACCAUACCUGUUUUCAAGUGAGUAAACACACCCACUGUUUUUAUGACAUAUUUUUGAUAUUAGAUAAACUGGCUAAUUUCAUGCUGUUUAAAGAAAUAAGAGCUUCUGUAAAUGUAAAAACCAAUGACAUGUUAUUGCUAACAGGAAGUGGAAGCCUGGCCAGCCUGAUAACUGGACUCAUGGCCAUGAAGACGGCGAGGACUGUGCUGGUCUCAUUCAUAAUGCCAACUGGAACGAUUUCUACUGCACUGACCGCAUCGGUUUCAUCUGUGAACGAGCCUCUGACUGUUAGUACUUUCUACAUAUCAGUGUUUUUGUACACAUUUGGACUGUGUUUUACUUGUCCUUUAGUUUUCUUAGUGGACAUGAUUCUAAUGUGUUCAAGACUCAAACUUUUUCGUUCAACCUGUUUUGGUGUGUGAUAUGCUAAAACUUAAAGAAAUAAUCCCAUGACUCAGUCAGAACUGUUGUAAGUGCAGGGGACUACUUUCUGUGUUGCUGAGAGGGGUCAUUGUAUGUGGAAAUGGGUUUGAUUCAAAAUGAAUUGUAGUUCACUGGUGAAACAUUCUUAUCUUCAAGUCGUCUCCCAUCACGAGGCUGAAUGAUAUGAGUAGACAUGGAAAUGGAAAUCCUCCAGUCUCUACACGCACAGAUUUAAGGCACAUUUCUGCCAAGUGUGUGAAUGCUUCGGUCUGUUCUGCAGACCCCUUGUCUGUAGACUUAAGUGAGAGACUUGCACAGAGUUUACGGUGGACUUGGUCAUGUUAAGAACAAUUUUGCACAGGGUGUAAACAAAUGUCUGUGUCAAGUAAAGUCAAGCCAAAGUUUAUCUAUAAAGCACCUUUAGAAGACAGCAGUUAGAUAAAGUGUUGUACAUAGGAUAAAUAGAAGAAGUAAAUAAACAGAUAGAUAAAAAUAAAAAAUAAAAUUAAAACCAGUGGAAUAAAAGACAGACAGUAAAAGAAUGAAAGCUACAGUGCCUAUGAUUCCUGUGUGCUCAUUUAUUACACGCAAGGGAGAAAAAGUGAGUCUUUAAAGAUGAUUUAAAUGACUCUAAGGUCUGUGAGGCUCUAACAUGGCCAGGUAAACUGUUCCACAGUCUCAGGGUAACCGCUGAAAAAAUCCAUGUCACCUUUAGACUUGAGCCUGGUUUUUGGGACGCUCAACAGUAACUGGUCAGAGGACCUUAAGGCUCUGGCUGGGAAGUGGUGAUACAGGGGCUCUGACAGGUAAGGAGGGGCGAGACCAUUGAGGACUUUAAAAAUGAUUAAAAGAAGUUUAAAAUCAACCCGAAAGCGGACCGGGUCACACUUCUUCUUGCCAGAGAGGAGUCAAGCAGCAGCAUUUUGGAUGAGUGUGUAAUUUGACAAAAUAAGCAUGGACUUGAUUGAUUGCAAAUGGGUAACCACUGUUGUUUUGAAGUCAUUUUAUUUUUCAGUUUAAAAUUAACCACUGUUGUUUUGAAGUCAUUUUAUUUCAAUGCUAGGGCUUACACACUGCAGACUGGGAUAUAUAUAUGUGUAUGUGUGUGUGUUCAUUAGCCUUUCUAUAAUGCUUUGUGUUACAACCUUUUUGUCUGUAAAGUCUCAAUCAUUAUGAAAAGGUUACUUAACAAUGUCAUUUUUGUUGCUAUAACCGUGUUUAUAUCAGCCUGUAAAUGCAUCAUGAAAGUGAGUCUAAUGUGUUUUAUGUUUGCUCCCUCCACAGUGAAAGAUCCAGCUUUAUAGCAUCCAUCUAAAGAAGCAUGAGCUGUCUCUGGGAGAGAGGUGAAAGGGCUGACGUUGGGAUUGAAGAUGCUGAAGGAUAAUGAAGGACACAAAGAGCUCUAGAUGACUGGAGGACUCGGAUAAAGCCAGCUCAGUGAAGCAUCACUGAGCGUGGACUGAUCUUUAUCUUGAAGGCACUUUACAACACAGCGUGGUGCAGAAGACAGAGCAUGAAGGGCAGACACAGCCCGCUUUUUUAUCGAUUUAGUAUUUGUACUGAAGGAAACAUGAGAAUGUAGGUGUUUAUUUGGGCUGUACUAAGUCAUUACUUGGUGCAGCCAACCUUGUACAGGCGUAAGUGUAAAUAAUCUUUCACAAAAGACACGUUUUUGUUUGGGAUGGAGUUUAACAUGGUUUCAUUUCUUGACUUUCUUCCUAUUCUUCAUAUCUAAACAUUUACAAAGAAAUCUAUAUCAGAGGGUUAUGUUGUUAGGAAGGGGAAGCUGUUAUUAUACUGACAAAUACAGAAUACACUCAGAACUGUGAUCACAAAUAAGCUCCUGGGAGAAUGAAGAGCAACCACUCAUCAUCAACAAACUGACUGCAAGAUCAGUCCAUAAAUCAGAGUAAAUAUAUUGUAAAUUUUACCUUUCCACAAGCUAAACAUGAAUAUCAUCUUUAUAAUGUGUCUGAAAAUAGAUGCUCAGUGUGAGCAGUGCUGCUGUUUUAUGAAGGACAGUAUUUCUAGCUAUUAGACUGCCAGUAUGAGUUUUAACAAAUACGAAGCACAUAUUAACAACAUGUACAUGUCUUUUGUUUUGUAGUCUUAAAUGAUUUAUUCAGUAUGAAAAAUACAGUAUGUGAAAUUUGUUACACGAGUAUAAUUUGCAUAAUCACUUGUUAUUGUUGUAUGAUUUACCUGUUACAAUUCCUAUCAUGCUUAGAGACUGAAUAGCAGUUUGCAAUCUGGCUCAGGGCUCAUUACACCUGAAUUGAUUAAAUUACAAUUUUCCCAUGAAUCACAAUAAAUUGGACAGAAAACAUGUGUGGAGU